AGCUUCGCGUCACUUUCUGUGAAUCUAAACGAGCUCGAUGAUCAUUCAGUAAAAACGUCAUCGUUUAACCAAACAUCGCGAAGAAGAUGGGUUGCUCCCAAUCGAAGAUCGAGAACGAGGAAGCAGUGGCGCGUUGCAAGGAUCGCAAGCACUUCAUGAAGCAAUCGGUUUCCGUUCGUAACGCACUCGCCGCCGCGCACUCCGCCUACGCCACCUACCUUAAAAACACCGGCGCCGCCCUAACUGACUUCGCCGAAGGCGAAGUCCAAAACCCUGAUUUCACCUCCCCCGCCGCCGUUGCCGCCGCCGCACAACAAGCUUUCGAGAUUCCUCUGCCGCCUCCUCCUCUGCCUGAUUUCCCCAACCCUCUCUACCGCUCCGCCACCAUGCCGGAGAUCAAGAUGAUGAAUUCGGUCGGAACCAUUGCCGAGGUGGAAGAUGAAGAAGAUCAAGUCAUUGAAGAAGAAGAAGAAGAAGAGGCUCGGCCUCCUCCUCCGUCGAAACAACGAGCAGGUUAUCCGAUGCAGAUGCAGCAGAUGCAGAUGCAGCAGGAGCAGAACGCUGCUUUGGAGUAUUUCUUUCCGUCGGCGGAGAACAUGCCGGGGGCAACCUUGAAGGAUGUAGAAGAAAUUGACCUGAAUAACGAGGAGGUGGAGAUUCAGAGAAAGGUUUCUGAAGAGAAGCCACGUAGAGGCAUUGAUAUUGAUGUUGAUGAUGAUGGUGUUCACAUGGUUAUGAGAAGUGAGAGGGACAAUGAGGUUUCUGAGCCUGCUGCUAUGGCUAUGGCUAUGGCUAUGGCUUCAUCUUCGGGGAAGAAGGCACCGGAGGUGGAGGGGGAAAGGACUGCGAAACAGAAUGUUAAUCUCUUUCAGAUAUUUACUGAUCUCGAUGAUCAUUUUCUAAAGGCUUCCGAAAGUGCUCAUGAGGUUUCAAAGAUGCUUGAGGCCACCCGCUUGCACUAUCAUUCCAAUUUUGCUGAUAAUAGAGGACACAUUAAUCACUCUGCAAGGGUGAUGCGUGUUAUUACAUGGAAUCGGUCCUUUAGAGGAAUACCUAGUAUGGAUGACGUAAAAGAUGAUUUUGACUCAGAGGAGCACGAAACUCAUGCUACGGUCUUGGACAAGUUGCUAGCGUGGGAAAAGAAACUUUAUGAUGAAGUUAAGGCUGGUGAGUUAAUGAAAUUUGAGUACCAAAGAAAGGUUGCCACGCUUAACAAGCUAAAAAAGAGAGGCACGAACUUUGAAGCAUUGGAGAAAGCAAAAGCAACCGUCAGUCUUUUGCAUACAAGAUACAUUGUAGAUAUGCAAUCUUUGGAUUCAACAGUCUCGGAGAUUAACCGUUUACGUGAUCAAGAGUUGUACCCAAGACUUGUUGAACUUGUUGAUGGGAUGGCCACAAUGUGGAGAGUCAUGCAGGCCCACCAUGAGAAGCAGUCAAGUAUCGUGACGUUACUGAGAUCGCUGGAUAUUUCCCAGUCGCCUACUGAAACAAGUGAACACCAUCAUGAUAGAACAUACCAGUUACUGAUUGUUGUGCAAGAGUGGCAGUCACAAUUUGAGAAGCUAGUAAAUAAUCAAAGGAGAUACAUAAAGGCCCUAAGCAGUUGGUUAAAACUGAAUCUGAUCCCUAUUGAGAGUAAUAUGAAGGAAAAAGUUUCUUCACCACCAAGAGUAAAAAGCCCUCCCAUACAAAUCCUUCUCCAUGCUUGGCAUGAUCAUCUAGAGAAACUUCCUGAUGAGCUUGCUAGGACAGCCAUAGCCAACUUUGCUGCUGUGAUAGAUUCUAUUUUCCACCAGCAAGAGGAAGAGCUACAUUUAAAGAGAAAAUGUGAAGAGACACGAAAGGAGCUUACACGCAAAAAGAAGCAAUUUGAUGACUGGGAGUCCAAGUAUAAGCAAAAGAAAAUACCAGAUGAGUUUGAUCUAGAUGGGACAGAAGGUGAAAAUGAUUCUGAUGAGGUUGUUAGAGAGAAGAGGCUUUUGUAUGAACAAGUGAAGAGGAGGUUGGAUGAGGAGGAAGAAACCUAUGCAAUGCAGUGCCAACAGGUGAGACAAAAAUCUUUGGGGAGUCUCAAAAAUCGCAUGCCUGAGCUAUUUAGGGCUAUGUCAGAUUUUUCUCUUGAAUGUUCGAAAAUGUACAGGGAAUUGAAGUCCAAAUCACAGAAACUAAGUUCAGGGCAGAGCUGAUCAUGAGAAUUGGUUUGUGUAUUUAAGUGUUUUUUUUUCUUUGUUUUCCUCUUCUAGGUAAGGUGUAUAUAUAUAUAUAUACAUGUAUUGGUUGUGUUUUAUAUAAUAUUACACUUAUUGAUAUCUUUGGUUGGGGGUGAACCCUGAAAAUUACACAUGGUGAUGUAAGAUAAACUUAAACUUAUUGUAUAAUUGCAGAAUU